CACCUCUUCCUCUGACGGUAAAGUGUCCCUAAACUUCCCGAAAAGCUGAGUCAGUCUGCCAGCCCAGCUUCCAGUCGUACCGCUGACAGCUUCAUAAGAAAGGAGACUGUCUGCCUUCUACUCUCCCGUCUGACACUAAACAGUUAAAAGGGUUUUAAGCAAGGAUCAUGCCACCAAGGAAACGAGCUGCGACUGCUGCUAAGGCUGGUGGGAAGAAGGUAAAACAAGAGCCUGAGACACCAGAGCCCAAAGAUGCCUUCACCUCUGCAAAAGAGGCCCUUCUGGCUGCAGGGUCACAGGUUAAAUGCAACAUGAAGGUUGAUGAGCUCUGCUCAGUGUUCGGAGGAGAGAUACACGAUGACUAUGACUGCAUGCUCAAUCAGACCAACAUUGGGCAUAACAAUAACAAGUUUUAUGUCAUUCAAGUGAUUAAAAGAAACAGAAAAUACUAUACAUGGAACAGAUGGGGUAGAGUGGGGGAAAAUGGGCAAUCCAAACUCAACAGGUUUGAUACUCCUGAAAAGGCUGCCAAGGACUUUGAAAAAAAGUUUAAGGACAAGACCAAGAACAACUGGAGCGAUCGGUCAAAUUUUGUUUCUCAUCCUGGGAAGUACACCCUGAUCGAGGUGGAUGGAGAGCAGGAUGCUGAGGUCAAGGUGGACACUGUUGAUGGAAAGAAUGUCAAAGUAAAACAAAAUGUCGAAGCUUGCACCCUGGACAACCCCACCCAGAAGCUUAUCGAGCUGAUUUUCAGCAAUGACAUGUUCAAAGAGGCCAUGGAAUGUAUGAACCUAGACGUCAAGAAGAUGCCUUUGGGCAAGCUCAGUAAAAGUCAGAUUGCCAAGGGCUUCGAAGUGUUGGAAGAGAUUGAGGCAGCCAUUAACCAAAAAAGCAGAAACACAAGACUGGAAGAACUCUCCUCGAAAUUCUUCACCACAAUCCCACACAACUUUGGCCGGAACAUACCGCCAACCAUCAACGACAAAGAGGUAGUGAACCAGAAGAAGGAGAUGCUCAUGGUGCUGGCUGACAUAGAGAUCGCCCAAAAUCUGAAGUCAGAGACUGAAAAAUCUCAUGAAGAGAUGAUUGAGACAGUUCCUCACCCUAUAGACCAGGACUACAAUUCUCUCAAAUGCCGUCUCACUCUAAUGGACAAGAAUUCAGAUGCAUUCAAGAUCAUACAAAAAUACCUGAAAGCAACAAAUACAGGCCCUAAAAUUGUCAAUGUUUGGGAUGUUGAUCGAGAGACAGAGGGAGAACGGUUUAAGGAGCAUGAUACUCUGGAGAACCGCCGUCUUCUGUGGCACGGUACAAACAUAGCAGUGGUAGCAGCUAUCCUGAAGAGCGGUCUGAGGAUAAUGCCUCACUCAGGAGGCCGUGUUGGUAGAGGCAUCUAUUUUGCGUCUGAAAACAGCAAAUCUGCCGAUUACGUGCAAACCUCUAAAAAUACUGGAGUGAUGUUUCUGAGUGAGGUAGCCCUCGGCAAAGAAUGUACCAUCACUAAAGACAACUCGUUCUUGAGGAAGGCCCCUGACGGCUAUGAUAGUGUUGUCGCACGAGGGAACGUGGAGCCAGAUCCAUCCAAGGACACCUUCAUCACCCUGGAGGGCAAGAAGGUUGCUGUACCUCAGGGCGAGCCUUUAUCUCAGCCCAUGUUCAAAAACAGCAACUUCAGCAACAGUGAAUAUCUCAUCUACGAAGAGAACCAAUGUCGCCUUCGCUACCUGCUGGAGCUUCAAAUGUGGUAGCUCAACUCAAGGAAAGAAGUUCCUGAUUCGCUCUAUAUAAAGGGCUUCCAAAAAGCUUGACUUGCUGUUUUCUUACAAUAAUAAUGGUUAUUAUCUUAUAAUAAUCAUUAUUAUUAUAGGGUUGCUUACUUUACUAAUACAGGUAUUACUGGUACAUAUAUCCCUACAUGAUUCAUAGAUGACUUCUCUGUGCCUUAUAUAUUGCACACUUUAAAACUGUUCUGGGUACUUAAGACUGCACUACUGUUAUUUCACAUGGUGCACUAUUACUUUUUUUUACCUCUUUAAGAUGCCUCUAUAUAUUUGCAGAGUUUUGUUAAAAAUAACAGGAUGCACUUUAUGUUAUAUUUGACAUCUUCUAGUUAGUCUACAUUAUUUAAUCCAAGUAGUAACACUUAUAUAAACCUGGGCCUGGGAGAGAGAACAUUUCCUUGGGGACUUUGCCGCAUGCCUUUGCUGCUUUAGACAUUUUGACUCAUGUUAAAUAGUGGAGUAGAAAAAUAAUACUGUAUGCAUAUAUAUUUUACAGUUUGUGAAGUGCAAUGUGUGGCUGAUGUUCAAGCAAUGUUACCGGUCUGAUAUCUAAAGAAAGACUCUUAAAGUGCUUCUUGCGAAGUAAUGAUCAUGAAAAGCUUGAUCAAAUGUGUUGAAGGUCUCCUAGUGUCGGUAUAAAUGCAACCAUGUGGUGUCAGUAAGGAGCAAGUCCAUUUGGAAUGUAAAUGAAUUGCACUAAGACAUUACAUAAACAUCAUCAAGUAAAUAAAAUAAAUUGUGCAUACAA